AAAUCACGCAAGUUUUGCGUUGAUAGGAGCUUCGAGGAAAUCUUUCGUUUCAAGAUGGAAUGAAUUCUAAAUCAAAAGCAAAGGAAUGAUGUACUCUCCUGAGCUAGAUCCUACAAUUAAAGUGGUUUUUGUUGGCGAUAAGAAUGUCGGAAAAACAUCUUUCCUAUACGCUGCAACGACGCAUAAUUUUCCCACCGGAUUUAUUGCAUCUAUUUUUGAUGGUUAUUCUAAGACGAUGGAGAUCGAUGGUAAGCGUUACACUGUGCUACUGUGUGAUACUCCUGGGACUAUGCACCCUCGCAUACCACCACAGCACUGGUUCCAGUAUGCAUCAGUCUUCUUGCUAUGCUUUGACAUUGCAAAUAGAGAAUCAUUCGCAAACAUCGAGUCGACGUGGCUCCCUCAUGUCAAUCUCGAAACAUCUGAUGUACCUAAGGUGUUAGUUGGGAAUAAAAUGGAGCUAAGAUGUAGCCAGCAAGAGUCAACUGACUUGGGCCAGACCCAUGACUGUGUGCCUUUUACAGAGGCUAAAGCACUUGCUUGUAAAUCAAACAUUCCAUAUGUUGAAAAUAGUGCUAAGGAACUCAAAGGCCUUGAGGAUGUGCUUAUGACAGGGAUAGAGAUUGGAAGAGAUUAUAUCAUGAGCACUCAGGACCAAACCAAAACAACACACGAGAUUGCAGAUAACCAUAAAGCCAAUAGAAAGAUAAAAGAAGAAAAGAAGGGAAAAUUUGUUCAAAAAUGUUGUGUAUUGUAAUAUAAUUUUGGUUAGAUAAAAAAUAUAACGAUCUGAAACAAAAUCAACAUAGAAACUGAAAACUACUUAAUCUUUGGAGUUUUUAUUUGAACUUAAUACAAAAUAAAUAUUGUUGCACUGUACACCUAAUCUUAAUGUAAAAAGUGGGUGAAUGAAUUUGGAUCCACUUCCUGUUCACAUCACAUGGCACUUGCGCUUGCCCUUCUUUGGCAGAUUGUCUCUUGCAAUCCUGAUACUGGUGGUAAUGACCUCCUUUACAUUCUCAUUUAGUAAGGCACUGUUUUCUAUGUACUGCAUCUUGAAAUUUUGUGCAGCCUCUUUUCCCUCUUCAUAGGAGACAAAGUCUAUUGAGUGGCUACAAAAAAAUUACAUACAGAAUUUAAAUUUGUACUUCGAUAACUGAGUACUGUGGUACACUAAUUACUUGGUGAUGGUGGUGGUGGUGGUUGGGGGGUAAAUGGGACAUAGGAACUUCACCUUCAACAUUUCACCUUGGACCCAAUCAAACUCUCCCAUAGCUCUCAGCUAUGGUUACCAAGCGUCAAAUCAGACUGUAAAAUGAACAUCGAAUAAGGACAAACAGAAAAUUCCACUGUGCACAUACCAGUGAAAUCAAUUGAUAAUAGAAUCAACAAUGUUAACAGCCAAUAACAAUGAUGGAAUAGAAUGAUGAUAUGGCAUACAUGGGCAUUAUUAAUCGAAUACAGAAUUGGAUGUAAUGCUUGGCAAAAUAAAGAUUUACAAAAUAUAAAA